AUGCCUCAGAGCAUAACCAGUGUAAAUGAUGAUCUAGGUAUGCAUGUUACUCAGUCAGUUAAACAAAAAAUCAUGAAAGGGGAGUUUGUAGAAUUGCAUACACUUUUGAAUAAGCAAACAGAUAUUGAUGCACAGGAGAGUAGAGUUCUAUUUACAAAUGGUCAACUCACAUUAAAACCUGCAAAUACAAUCAAAAUUACAACAAUUGACACUUGGCUGGAUGCAUUUUUUAUUUAUAUGAGUAUUUAUUUGUCAGCACAUAUUGAUCAAACUCACAGCCUUAUCAAAUAUAUCGCUAAUGUCAAAGUCGGUGCCAGUCGGGUUUCUGGUGGAUUAGGUUGGAGAGAAUACGACCGACAAUUUCGACUGAAAAGAGCCAAAGAUAACAGUAUUUCCUGGGACAAAAUCGACCCAGAGCUUUGGCUUCUUUACAUAACCCCAAAUACUAACUCAGUAUAUAAAAAUUCUCAGGUCAGCUCAAAAUUUUGUUAUGAAUACAACAACAAAGGCUCUUGUCGCAUGCAAAAUUGUCAAUAUCAACAUCAGUGUUUAAAGUGUCAAAACAAACAUCCUGCAAUUCAUUGUCCUGAUAAACAAGCUGCACAGAGGACAUCGUCCUCUAGGGCUUUUCAAGCCCCCUUCUAA